AUGGCGCUUUCUGUUUCGGACUUGCCCGCGAUAUACUCACUGCUCGCUAAUUCGUUGAGCGUCGACAUAAAUGUCCGCAAGCCGGCGGAGGAUUCACUCGCUCAGUUUGAGAGCAGGCCGGGCUUUUGCUCUUGCCUCAUGGAAGUGAUAACGGCCAAAGAUUUGGCGGGGCAGACGGAUGUGAGAUUAAUGGCGUCGGUUUAUCUGAAGAACAGCAUCAAUCGGUACUGGAGGCACAGGCGUGAUUCAGUGGGAACAAGUAAUGAAGAGAAAGUGCAUUUGAGGCAAAAGUUGUUGUCACAUUUAAGAGAAGAAAAUUAUCAGAUAUCACUUACAUUGGCUGUUCUGAUCUCAAAGAUUGCUCGAUUUGACUACCCGAAGGAAUGGCCAGACUUGCUUUCUGCAUUAGCACAACAACUUCAGUCAGCCGAUAUAUUGACCUCUCAUAGAAUAUAUUUGAUUCUUUUUCGGAUUCUAAAGGAGUUGUCAACCAAACGUCUUGCCCCUGACCAGAGAACCUAUACUGAGAUAGCAUCUCAAUUCUUUGAUUACAGCUGGCACCUUUGGCAGAGUGAUGUGCAGAAUAUAUUGCACUAUUUUUCAGCAGUUGCUCAAAAUGCUACAGAAUUGAAUCAUGAUGAUAUUUUCCUGACCUGUGAAAGAUGGUUACUAUGUUCAAAGAUAGUACGCCAACUGAUCAUUUCUGGUUUCCCUAGUGAUUCAAAGUCCAUGCAGGAAGUCGAACCUGUCAAGAAGGUUUGUCCUGUUAUGUUGAAUGCCAUCCAGUCAUUUCUUCCUUACUAUUCAUCGUUUCGAGAGACACACCCUAAAUUCUGGGAAUUCCUGAAGAAAGCAUGCACUAAAUUAUUGAAGAUUUUAAUAGCAACUCAGAACAGGCAUCCUUAUUCAUUUGGUGACCAGAGCGUCCUUUGGAAUGUCGUUGACUUUUGCUUAAAUAAGAUAACAAAUCCUGAGCCAGAUAUAUUAUCCUUCGAAGAAUUCUUGAUCCAGUGUAUGUCAAUGUUGAAGUCUGUCCUAGAAUGUAAAGAAUACAAGCCAUCUUCCACUGGUCGUGUUAUGGGCGAAAACCAAGUUACACAUCAGGAGAUGAAGAAAAAUGUAUCUAAUGCAGUUGCUGGUGUUUUAUCUUCUCUGCUGCCCAGUGAUCGUGUGGUUCUACUGUGUAAUAUUUUAAUAAAAAGGUACUUUGUCCUAACUGCAAAAGAUGUGGAAGAAUGGUACCAGAAUCCCGAGUCUUUUCAUCAUGAGCAAGAUUCUGUUUUGUGGUCGGAAAGAUUAAGGCCAUGUGCUGAAGCAUUAUACAUCGUCUUGUUUGAGAAUCACAGCCAACUUCUAGGUCCAGUCGUCGUUUCAAUUCUUCAAGAAGCAAUGAAUAGCUGUCCUUCUGUUAGUGAAAUCAGUCCAGAAUUGCUUUUCAAAGAUGCUGCUUAUACUGCCGCUGCAUACGUCACUUAUGAACUCUCAAAUUAUCUGAGCUUUAAAGACUGGUUCAAUGGCGCAUUAUCUGUUGAGCUCUCGAAUGAUCAUCCAAACAUGUUCCUCAUCCACAGGAAAGUUGCGUUGAUAUUAGGGCAAUGGGUUUCAGAGAUUAAAGAUGACACUAGACGACCAGUGUAUUGUGCUUUGAUAAAAUUACUUCAGGAGAAAGACUUGUGUGUUAAGUUGGCAGCAUCAAGGUCUCUUUAUUUCCACAUCGAAGAUGCAAAUUUCUCCGAAAAGGAUUUCUCAGAUCUUCUUCCACUGUGCUGGGAUCUAUGUUUUAAAUUGGUGGAAGAAGUUCAAGAGUUCGAUUCAAAAGUUCAAGUGCUAAAUACAAUAUCGGGUCUCAUAGCACGCAUCAAUGAAGUUAUUCCUUAUGCAAACAAGUUGGUGCAAUUCUUCCAGAAGGCGUGGGAAGAAUCUUCUGGUGAAAGCCUUCUGCAGAUUCAGCUUCUCACAGCCCUAAAAAACUUUGUAGCAGCACUUGGUUAUCAGUCACCCAUCUGUUACAACCUCUUGAUGCCCAUCUUACAAAGUGUGCUAAAUGCAAAUAGCCCUGACGAGCUUCUGGAAGACAGCAUGCAGCUAUGGGAAGUUACUCUUUCUCACGCCACCUCAAUUUCUCCUCCGCUGUUGGGUUAUUUCCCGUGUCUGGUGGAAAUCUUGGAAAGAAGUUUUAGUCACUUGAAGGUGGCUUCCAACAUUAUUGAAGGCUAUAUUGUUCUUGGCGGUGUUGAAUUCCUCAAUAUGCAUGCAACAACACUUGCCAAAGUUCUUGAUUUGGUUGUUGGUAAUGUCAACGACAGAGGGCUGCUUUCGAUUCUUCCUCUUGUCGAUGUUUUAAUUCAGUGUUUCCCGGCUGAAGUUCCCCAAUUAAUCAGCAGCAUUAUACAGAAAUUAAUUGUCAUAUGCCUGAGUGGCGGAGACGAUCGCGAUCCUUGCAAGACCGCUGUAAAAACAUCCACUGCAGCCAUUCUUGCGAGGAUUUUGGUCAUGAAUACCAAUUAUCUUGCACAGCUGACAACCGGACCAUCACUGUUAGCAUAUCUCCAGACAGCUGGAUUCUCGAAUGAGGAAAACAUUCUUCUGUGCCUGGUUGAUGUAUGGCUUGAUAAGGUGGACAAUGUCUUGUCCACACAAAGAAAGAUAUUUGCUUUGGCCCUCUCCAUAAUUUUAACAUUGAGGAUGCAUCAAGUACUUGAUAAACUUGAUCAGAUUCUAAGUGUAUGCACAAGCGUAAUAUUGGGUGCAAGUGAGGACCUGACUGAAGAAGAAUCAAGUAGUGACAGUAUGCACUCUAGCCAGCCGGUACCGGGCAAAGAGUUCAGGAAGAGACAGAUCAAGCUCUGUGACCCGAUAAACCAAAUCUCAUUGGAAAAUUUACUGAGGGACAAUCUGCAGACUUGUGCAGCCCUCCAUGGAGAAUUGUUUAACAAUGCCAUGUCCAAAAUGCAUCCUUCUGCAUUUGCUCAACUGAAACAAGCGUUACACAUGCCAUAA